CUCCGCUCCAUCCCGAGGAUUAUGUUUUUAUCUAGGAUUACAGAUGGCAAUAUUAAGAACAGGACACGGGCCUUUGCUCCUAAUGGCGUUAUGUUAAUGCUGAGCACUUCACUCCAUUUAAAAGCCUUCCGUCCGCGCCGCGUCGGGUGCACAAUCAGAUCGGCAGCGCACCGGACGUCCCCCCCCUCCCCCGGUCGCGACGUAUCCAACGAGUCAACACAGAUUUCCUUUCAUCACUGACUUAACGUUCGAUGUGGUUUUCUGUGCAGAAGAGAAGCGCCAUGCUGUGACGACUCCAUCAGAAGACCAGAGCAGAUUUCAGACAUCAUGAGUUCAUUGCAGCGAGCGCAAAUGGAAGAAAAGCACGGGUCAAUCCACAGCUCCGCUUACACGCAACGACGACCUUUUGCUGAGCAGCAGGUGUUAAUGGCAGCAGCGAAGUAUCAGGAGACGAGAGGUUUUCAACAUCACGGCUCGGCACCUCAGAUUUCAGUCACACAAAGCACUCCGGAGAUGAACAGGAGGCUCCACUUGUUGCCGGGUAACCAGUUGCCGAUUCCCAUCGAGCGAGGCGACGUCGGUUCCAUCGAGGCGGUGUCGCCCGAGGAACAGCAGAAGUUGAUGAAUCUUGUCCUUCACGGUCAGAGUGGACGCAUGGAGGACCAGUGCUGCUCCCUGGAUCCCAGCCGCAGUGCCCCCUGUACUCCAAAACUCUUUGACAGGAAACCUCGAACUGAUUUGUCCAAUCAAGAUUCUGAAGCAUUCUUCAACUUGUUGGCCAACACUCAGAGUCAACGGCUUGACGACCAACGAGUAUCCCUUCCUUCAUUACCCGGUUUAGACAAAAAGGAGCCGCAAUCAUCAUCAUCCGGCGCAGAUUCAAGCUACUUAUGCGACAUGGUUUCCAAAGUUCAGGGAAGCAGAAUGGAAGACCAGAGGUGCUCCCUAACUCUAAUUCAGCCAAUGGUGCCAGCACGAAAGGACAACGACGUUUCUGGGGUUGCACGCUCGGCCUCCUUCAGCCCCGGUUCGAACGUCGAACAUCCCAAGAGCCAAUCUAAGACGUCCUUCAAAAAGGCGGUGAGUCCAGCUGAGCAGAAGCAACUCCUCACCUUAAUGUCUCACGCCCAGCGAGGCCGCAUGGAGGAGCAGCGAUGUGUCCUCACCGUGAGCCCCCAGACUUCCCCCAAACGCAAGCUUGCUCUGAGCGCCACAGGCCCGGAUUCUGACAAGUUCUUCAACAUGCUGGCCAAAUCACAAGGCAAACGUCUGGAUGACCAGCGGGUGUGUCUUCCAUCGUUACCCGGGAUCCAAAAUGGAGGCUCCACCCACAAAGACUCGAGCUAUUUGUGUUACAUGGUUUCAAAAGUCCAGGGCUCCAGGCUUGAUGACCAGAGAUGCUCUGCGCCUCAUAUCCUCCAGAAUUUGGGCGCCCCGACCCCCCAAGGCAAAGAUUUGCCCCCUUCAGAGCCAUCUGACAAAGCGCCAAGGAGGUCCGGCUCCCUAAACCGUAACGAUGACGCUCAACAGCAGCUAUCUCUAGCUAAGCAGCAACAAUUCCUAAAAAUGAUGACCCAUGCUCAGAGAGGACGAAUGGACGAGCAGCGUUGCACUUUACCCCAAAGCAAGAGCACGCCCACCACGCCCACACGCAGCCCAAAUAAAGCCCCUGCUGGUCCAGACAUGGACACGUUCUUCCGCAUGGUGGCCUGCAGUCAGGCGUGCAGGCUGGACGACCAGAGGGUCGCUCUGCCCUCCCUGCCCGGCAUAAACGCGACCUCGGAGGGAAAACACAACGGGAGUCAUGCGAAAGCUGCAACUCUAAUUAGCGCACCACAAAUCAGCGCGGCUGAAAGCGCACCAUCCAAAAGACACGAGGUCAACGCGUGUGUCUCUCAGGCCCAGACGACGACUGCACCAUCGGGCUGCAGCCUGCCAAAGUCUGCAUCUUUCAACUGUGAGACAGAACACCUGAGGACACUUGAUUCCACAGCUCAGAUGACUAUAAAGGUGUCGAUGAGCUUCACACCACAGAUGGGGCAUAAGAAUUUUAACCAGCCUUUCCCAGAGGUCUUCCUCACUCUCGGCGCUCCAGGAGAAAAUCUCAUGAUCCCCCUGAGCCCAAGACCCGGAAGACCCGUGUCCUUGAAUCUGAAUCUCAUCCCCAAGGAAGACGUGAAGUUGGCGCAAUGCUCGUCAAGCCGCACGAGCCCCAGGAAGCCUCGCUCGAGGCCGUCGUCUCCCCAGCCCAAAGCGGCCCAGAAGGUGCAUCACGUUAAUUCUGGCUCUCCAGAACGAGGGGAGUCUGCGACCGAAGACUGCUUCUCUCCGAUUGAGAAGGUUCACACGUCACACCUGAAAAUGGGAGCGACUCAAGGGGGACAGAAACACAAAGAGAAUCCAGUGAGAGGGAGGGGCAUUGGAAAAAGGCGUGUGAAGAAAGAUUGGAAGGAUGGUGGUUAUAAACACUAAACAUUGUGUCUCAGGUGAGUAGUUUGUUUAGUGUGUUUGAUCCUAUACGGCCAUCCUUUUUCUAUCGUACUUGAAUGAGCUCGACUCGAUGCCAGCAGAUUGUGAGCGAGAGGCAUGGUGCAACAUUCACAUGGACAAUUUAGUUUUCAAUGAACCUACUAACAUUUAUAUUUUUAGAAUGUGGGAGGAAGCUCAAGGAACAUACAAACUUGAUAUUCCAACCCAGAACCUCUCAACUCCAAAGUAGACUUGCUGCCCAUUUUGUGUUGUAGUUCUAUAUACUGUACUUUCUACUCCUUUGAAUCAGAAAUGACCACGUCUUUUUUUUUUUUUUUUUUUGCAUUUACUGUAUGUUUCACUCAACUACAAAUAAAGGACACAACCAGAAAUGUACACUUGUGGACAAUGGUAAUUAUUGUACUGUAUUCAAUGAAUUUAUGACCAUUCAUUUAUGGUAGAGUAUGUUGAUGUUACAGAACUUGCGAAGUGAAUUCAAUGAUUUGUUGUUCUACACGUUCCAACUGCUCAAAGCACACAAACUGACAACGAUGUGGCGAUACAGCAUUAAAAUCCCCCUUCCAACUAUACACCAACUUAAAUGCAUUCAUUUGCAUCAGUUCAUUCAGCACAAUUGUUAUUUAUAAGUUAUUUCGUUAUUUUUUAAUGAGCCCUUUCCUGCCACGACAAUGUGCAGUUAGCUAGCUAGCUAGCUA